CUCCUUGCAACGCAUCGGUCCCCCACGUCCUCCAGCCUUGCGCUGAGCCCGCGACUGCGGCCGCCCUGCUCGUGGAGCACGAUGCCCGGCAUGCUCGUCCUCUUGUCGUUCCUCGCCUCGCUCCUCCUUUCCUGUCUCUGCUUCCCUUCCGUAUGGGCAUUGAUCACCGGGGGAGAUGAGUUUCUCGAUGCACACGAAGCCGGCCUGGCGGUCGUCGCGUCCCGCACCCCGUUUCGCGAGUCCGGCCCUCCCGCGUGCAUGGCCAAGCUCAUAAUGCUCAGGCACAAGCUCCAGCAGGAUAACACCCGGAGGCGCAGUUCAACCGGCCAAGCCCGUCGAGCCGCACGCACGUUCAACGUUACUUCCUCACGAACGCCACGCAACGUACCAUGGGGAGCCCGGCUUGGGCGGGCAUAUGGAAAGCAAAAUUAUUGACUGUAUACCACACUACUUCCCUAGAGAUGCUUCGAGCUUUGCUUGUGUCUCGUUUGCAUACCCCCGAGACUUCCUUCAUACCUGUUGUUGGUUAAUUGUUGCAGCUAGCAUACGCCCCCAACAUUGUGUUAUCC